AUGGAUCCCGACGAAAUCCGGACCCUGGUGGCUUCUUGGUGGCGACACGCCGCUACGAGCUUUCAGAAAGUCCCUGGCUCAGCGGUCCUGGUGCGCUACGUGCAGUCUAGCUAUCAAAAUGAUCCUAUUCGGUCCGCUCUGGAAUUGGUCCUCGUCAUCUUCUUCAUCCGCUAUCUUCUGUCGCCUUCCUACUCGACCCAGAAACAGAAUUAUGUCAAGCUUCGCGACGACGAAAUCGACGAGUUGGUGGAAGAUUGGACACCUGAGCCUCUUGUGGGUGCUCAGACUGCCUUUGAAGAGAUGGAGGCUGAGAAGCUUCCCAUCAUCGUCGGCCCGACUGGACCUAAAUCGAAGCUCGGGAAUGGGCGGACCGUGACAAAUCUUGCGACGUACAAUUUCUACAACUUCAAUGCCAACGAACAGAUCAAAGAGAAAGCAAUUCAAACACUGCGAACAUAUGGGGUAGGACCUUGCGGUCCCCCCCAAUUCUACGGAACACAGGAUGUGCACAUGAAGACAGAGGCAGACAUUGCAGCGUACCUUGGUACAGAGAGUUGUAUCGUGUACGCGCAGGCUUUCUCUACAAUCUCAAGCGUCAUCCCAGCUUUUUGUAAGCGCGGCGACAUUAUCGUCGCUGAUCGGGCCGUAAAUUACUCUAUCCGGAAAGGUCUGGAGAUUUCCAGGAGCAGCAUCAAGUGGUACCAGCAUGGCGACAUGGACGACCUUGAGCGCGUGAUGCAAAAGGUUGUCAAAGAACAGGCCGGCAAGAGACUUACAAGGCGAUUCAUUGUCGCCGAGGGCCUCUUCGAGACCACAGGUGACAGCAUUGACCUGCCGAAGCUCGUCGAACUCAAAGAAAAGUACAAGUUCCGCAUCAUCCUCGACGAAACAUGGUCCUUUGGCACAUUGGGUCGAACUGGACGAGGCUUGACGGAGGCGCAGAACGUUGAUCCUACGCAGGUAGACAUGAUCAUUGGGUCUCUGGCCGGACCUCUCUGCGCCGGCGGCGGCUUUUGCGCCGGGGCUAAAGAUGUGGUUGAGCAUCAGCGCAUAUCCGCAGCAUCCUACACAUUCUCGGCAGCUCUUCCCGCGAUGCUGGCUGUUACAGCUAGCGAGACGGUUAGCGUGCUCCAAUCUAACCCCGACAUACUGACGCAGUGUCGCGAUAACAUUCGGGCGAUGCGGGCGCAACUCGACCCCCGCAGCGACUGGGUGACGUGCACCAGCGUUCCCGAGAAUCCCAUCAUGCUACUGGUGCUGAAGGGUGAUGUAGUUGAAGCCCGCAAUCUUUCCAUGGUGGAGCAAGAGCGUCUCUUGCAGGAUUGUGUUGAUGAGCAUUGGGACCCCGUGACGACGGGUGGCAGGGUUCAGCCGGCCCUCAAGAUUUGCGUGACGUCGGGCCUGUCGAAGAAGGAUAUCGAGAAGGCGGGGGUAACGAUCCCGACAUGCCAUUACAAAAGUUAUGACCCGAAAGGCCAGCAUUCGAAGCGCGUGAUGGAGCAACACGCUGUAAAACAUUCGGUUUCAGGCUGUGUGAUUCCCAGCUGGCUUUGGAGGCACAGUCUUCUCUCAUUACUCUCUGCUUGUUCAGCCGGCAACUACCGGCAUCGGUUGCUUCAUGCUGAGCGCCGUGCGGAACAAUUGUUGACAGUCGUGGACACUUCUGUUUCAUCUCCGACCGUAGUACCCAAGGUUGUGGUCUACAAAGGCAAGGACGGCUCUGGUCAGCACACCGCCACGAGAGACGUCCUGUUUGUGCCUGCCGAGACUCAAGUCAUCACUCUUGAAUCUGCGGAUUCGACACCCAACGCCAGCUCGACUCUCAAAACGGACGUUCCUGCUGCCACAGACAGUUCCAAAACCGGGUCCAGCUCGGCUGCGAGCAGUCUCCCGGGCAUUGCCUACGCACCGUACACUGCAUCGGGUGACUGCAAGUCAGCCAACCAGGUCCAUGAUGACUUUGUCACUUUCACAGGAAAGUACUCGAUGGUCCGCAUUUACGGAAUCGACUGUGAGCAGGUGGCCAAGGUUGUCCCGGCUGCUAAAAAAGCUGGUCUCAAGCUCUUCCUUGGCAUUUUUGAGCUUGCAGGCAUCGAUCAGCAAGUCGCGUCCAUUGUUGAAGCCGUCGGUGAAGAAUGGUCGAUCGUCGAUACUGUCAGCGUUGGCAACGAGCUUGUGAACAAAAAGGCUGCCACUCCCUCCCAGGUGGUCUCGGCUAUGAGUCAAACUCGCUCGCUUCUCAGGGAUGCCGGUUAUGAAGGCCCUGUCGUCACUGUGGACACCUUCAUUGCUGUCCGGGACAAUCCUGAGUUGGAACUGUUAACCGGGCUGCGGUUCCUGGCCGCAGCCAGCAGAGCAUCGCCAUCGAGUCAAUCAGGGCCGCCUUUUCAGACCAUCCUGGCGACCUUUUUCCUCUUCUCUGCUUUCAACGAUCCCUGGAAGCCUGUUUCCGCCGAUACUUUCAAUGCUGAGCAAUUCUGGGGCAUUGACGGCCUUGACUCGUCGUCCUAA